AUGAACCUUCUCUUCACCGAUGCACUGGACGCCGUGCAAAUUCCGAGAAGCUCAUUAAAGCCAUCCCCACCUUUCUUCGGGAUCACCCCAGGCUCCUCGGCUAAGCCGCUAGGACAAAUCGAGCUACCGAUCACCUUCGGUUCGCUGGACAACUUCAGGACCGAAAGGGUCCUCUUCGAUGUGGCCGACUUCGGGACUGCGUAUAACGCAAUCCUCGAGCGACUGGCAAUAACCAAGUUCAUGGCCAAUUCUCACUACACGUACCAGGCAAUCAAGAUCCCUGGGCCAACAGGGGUCAUCACCGUUGUUGGCAACGCUAAGACGGCCCUGCACUGCGACAAGAGGAGCCUCGACAUGGUCAAGCUAACUCCCGGGUCGCAGCCCGAGACCGCUGAACCCAGCGGACGGCCAGUAAAAGUCUAG